GAGAAAGAGAUCUUGAAGAUGCCUGAGCCAGCCAAGUCCGCUCCCGCCCCGAAGAAGGGCUCCAAGAAGGCCGUGACCAAGGCACAGAAGAAGGACGGCAAGAAGCGCAAGCGCAGCCGCAAGGAGAGCUACUCGGUGUACGUGUACAAGGUGCUGAAGCAAGUGCACCCCGACACCGGCAUCUCCUCCAAGGCCAUGGGCAUCAUGAACUCGUUCGUCAACGACAUCUUCGAGCGCAUCGCCGGCGAGGCGUCGCGCCUGGCGCAUUACAACAAGCGCUCGACCAUCACGUCCCGGGAGAUCCAGACGGCCGUGCGCCUGCUGCUGCCCGGGGAGCUGGCCAAGCACGCCGUGUCCGAGGGCACCAAGGCCGUCACCAAGUACACCAGCUCCAAGUGAGUUUAUAACUCACUCCUAACCCAAAGGCUCUUUUCAGAGCCACCCAACAGUUCACAAUUAAGAGCUAUGCGCUUGUUAAUACCAGCAAUAUGGUUGCCCUUUAUUUUCUGAGACAAAAGUUAAUCUAAUCGGUUCAAGCUGUUAGGAGAGUUGCCAAGUAUCAACUGUUUUGUAUU